AUGACCUCUGACCAGUGGCCUUCUGCGCGCGGACCUCAGAGCGCAGCUCCGCUCCAGCAGACUCUUGCAGCAGAGCCUUUUACUACAGAUGAACAGCCAAUGAGCGCAGGGCUGUGCACACACCAAUGUGAUGCUCGUAAAAGCAGCACGGGUCCAUACGGAGUCCCUCUACACGCACCCCGCCAGGUUUCUCCCACAGCAGGCCACUCAUCCUUCCCCUGCGCCCCUCUGCAGGCCCGAGCACUUCCCCACACUUUCCCCACUCCUGGACUCUUCAUUGGAAUUCUUCACGUGUGUGCUCAUUUGGAGUUUGAACACGUGGCUCAUUAG